CUAGGCAUGCAGACUGCUUCUACAAACAUUUGUGAAAGAAUGGGUCGCUCUCAGGAGCUCAGUGAAUUCAAGCAUGGUACUGUGAUAGAUUGCCACCUGUGCAAUAAGUCCAUCCGUGAAAUUUUCUUGUUACUAAAUAUUCCAUGGUCAACUGUUCAUGGUAUUAUAACAAAGUGGAAGCAACUGGGAACAACAGCAAUGAAAUGCAUGCCACCACUGGACUCUACAGUAGUAGAGAUGUGUUCUCUGGAGUGAUGAAUCAAGCUUCUCUUGCAAUGGACAUGUCUGGGUUUGGCAGUUGCCAAGGGAACGGUACUUUCCUGACUGCAUUGUGCAAAGUGUAA